AUGAAGGCGUUGCUUCAGAUAACAGCAAUAUGGGUUUGGUUCACUGUAGUUAUUGUGCCAGCAUUGGUGUGCCCAUCAGUAAUAGAAGACACAAAGGCACCCCAAUACGAAACGGUAACCUUCAACUUUAAAGGUGCUACCGAAACUGGGCCGUACAAGGAUUUUGUGGUGUCUCUGCGAAAUGAAGUCAAAGACAGCACGGAUAGGAACGGAUUACCAGUCACAGCAAAAACAGCAGAAGUUUCCGAACGAUUUGUUUUAGUUGAUCUCAAAAUUGAUAGUGAAAAGUUCAUCACACUAGCAAUAGAUGUCAUUGAUUUGUAUGUGGUAGAUCUUGAACGUUUUGCCGGAGAUAGACAAAAGUCUGUAGAUAGAAAGACGAUUCAAUUGGGAGUUGGCAAGCUACAGAAAGCCAUCGAUGAUGUCUAUGGGAAAAACGCAGACACGAAGAUUGAGGCUAAAUUUUUCAUUAUUUCUGUCCAAAUGGUUUCAGAGGCAGCAAGAUUCCAAUAUAUACUGAAUAAGGUACUCGAAGGAGGCAUAUACGGAAGUUAUAAGCCAGAUUUCAAAGCGACUUCCUUGGAGACCAAUUGGGAUAAGAUCUCUAAAGCCAUUCAAAAUGCUGAUGCUGCUUCUGGAGAAUUUCGCCCACCAACUAGUUCAGUUAGCUUGCAGGACGAGAAGGGCAAAGCAUGGAUAGUUAAGAAAGUGAGUGACAUAAAGAACGACAUGGGACUUUUGAAGGGCCAAGCAUCAAAGUUUUCUCAACUUAUGCAAAUGGCAGAUAUCUAA